AUGACCAAAGCUGUUGCAACGAAAAACGUCUCUGAUGUAAAUUAUCACGAAGAUUCACUUGACAUAUUCAGUCUUAUUUGGCUUGGUAUCAAUGUUGACAUGAAAGAUGAUCUAGAUAUUCAACGAAAACUGCGUACUAUCAUCAAUCAUCAGAAGAAGUUUCAAUAUGGAGAAGAAUGUCGACGAUACAUUGAAACAAGUUCAGUGCAAGCUUCUAUAGUGCUGAUUGUUAAUGAUCAGUUAGGAAUAGAAUUCAUACCUUCUAUUCAUGAACUUCGACAAGUUUCGUCCAUCCAUGUUCUAUGUAAGACAAAGAGCAGUGAAGAAUGGACCAGGGACUUUCCAAAGGAACGUCAAGUAGCUAUAUUCUACAUGGGAGAUAGAGUAAAUUUGACCGAUUCCGUGCAAGUAUUAUUUGAGAUUGAAGCUGAUCCUAAAGUAGUCACGACGAAACCAUUUGCUGAUAUCAGUACAAUUAGCUAUUUCCCCAGCGAAUCCAAAGUGCUCUUCAUGCUUGGCUCUAUCUUUUGUCUCGACAAUAUUAUUUGUGAUGACGACCAAAUGUGGGUGAUCCACAUGACUCUAAGCAGUGAUGAAGAACACGCCUUACGCGAAGUUUUAACCGACAUGAAAAAUAGCAAUGAAAAUGGUGAGACAUGUCUUCGAAGUCUGGGAAAAUUACUAUGGAAUAUGGGAAUGCUUGAUCUAGCUGACAAAUACUAUAGACGUUUCGUAAAUGAAAUAUCGUUGAAUGAUCCUUUACGUAUGACUUUAUUCGAAGAACUCGGUAACAUCGCAUCGCAAAAAGGUGACUACGAUAAAAGCAUUGAAUGGCACAAAAAAGCACUCGAUGUCCAAAGCAAAAAUGAAAUAGACGAAAUAAUAGCAUGCAAAUCAAUAAUUGCAGAAACGCUACCACCAGAACAUCGCAAUUCUGCAUUGGAGAAACAGAUUGCUGAAUGUCAAGAUCAACCAGAGUUGGAUUUGGGUUGGAGUCAUUUGACUGAUCAAGACAUGUCGAUUGUGGCCUAUUACUGCUUAUACAAUAACAAAACACUACUCAAACUAAACCUCAGCUCUAACAAAAUUGGAGAAAGAGGAGCGCAUUAUUUGGCUGACGCUCUAUAUUCGAAUAACACGCUAACUGUGUUGAAUCUCGAGAACAAUCAAAUUGGAGAUAAGGGAGCUCGAAGCUUGUCUGAUGCUAUAAAGCACAAUAAGACGCUGAAGGAACUACGACUAUUGGAUUACACAAUCUCGUUAAAUGUCAAAAAGCAAUUGAAAAUACAGGAUGGUCGAAUAUGGUGUUGA